UUUUUUACUAUUCAAAUUUAUCGGUCGCGAAGCGAAUGUCAAAGUUAAGAACAGGUUUUUCGUGCCGUGCGAAUAGAAUCCAAAGGCGGAGCUGCGAACGACACGCGGAAAUGAGGGUACAGCCUCGAGUGUGAAUUGAGACCGAGCUUUAAACUCGACCUGUCCCCCGCGAUUAGAGAGCUGCGAUAUAACACGAGUAAUCCGACACGAGACAAACGGAAAUUUAACGAAUUUCGUCGAAAUGAGGGACCAUCCGUCGCGCCUUUUCUCCGAUACGAGACCGGACGCGUAGAAAUGCCAGAAUGAGAGGAGUGGCGUUUCUGGGGACGAUCAGAUCGGUUCGCGGAACUUUCCUGAGGACGCUCGUCUUCGUCUUCAUGGCAACGUUCCUGUGGCUUCAAAUCCAUGUGAUCAGCCUGACCGGUCGAGACUCCGCUGGACAAGCUUCCUCAAACGAGACGCUGUUCGCCCUUGUACCGCAAGAAUUACAUAGGUUUCUGAAAGAUCGUCGAAAUGGUUCUUCCUCGACGUUAAUGAACGCAAGCACGGAAAUGUUAACCGAGUUCGAAAUAGCGGAAAUCCGUCGUAACAUAGAAAAAGCGAACAACGAGCAAAGAGUGUACAACGAGGAGUCAUUCGGCCCGUUGGCUAGCGACGCUCCUAUAAUAGUGAUUCAGGUGCACACGAGACUCACCUACCUCAGACACCUGAUAGUGUCGUUGGCCCAGGCGAAAGGGAUCGAGCAAACCCUUCUGGUCUUCAGUCACGACGUCUGGCAUCCGGACAUCAACUAUCUCGUACAGAGUGUCGACUUUUGUCGCGUCAUGCAAAUAUUUUAUCCCCACAGCAUACAAACUCAUCCACGAACUUUCCCAGGCGAAGAUCCGAACGAUUGUCCUCGAAACAUACGGAAAGAACAAGCUCUCAAUCUUGGUUGCAUCAAUGCUAAGCAUCCGGAUCUGUAUGGACACUACAGAGAGGCAAAGUUUACGCAGACGAAACAUCAUUGGUGGUGGAAAGCAAAUCGUGUCUUCGAUCAAUUGUCCAUUACCAAGAAUCACACCGGUAUGGUCCUUUUCCUCGAGGAGGAUCAUUACGUUGCCGAAGAUUUCCUACACGUUCUAAGACUGAUGGAACGUACCUGUAAACACACCUGUAAAAGAUGCAACGUCCUAUCCUUGGGCACCUAUCUCAAAACUUAUAAUUAUUUUGCCGACUUCAGCCGAAAGUUCCUUGGCGUCAACAGCGCCCUUCAAAAGGAGCUUCUACGUGGAUUAAAGAGAUGGGAGACAUCGACGAGACAGCAUUCAGCAAAAGCCGAAGACAUCGUUGGGAGCGGAAAAAUUGGUGCAUUUCCGAACACCAGCAGCAGCAGCGGCAGCAGCAGCGGUGGUGGCAGCACCAGCAAUAGCACUCCUACGGGAAUGAACAACGGCAGAAACAACAGCGUUACUGGAAAUAGCAUCGACAGCAGCACUGGCGCCUUCGUGUCCGUCGCACGGAACGUACAGACAAUGCAAUCCGCCUCCGCAUGGGCUUUCCAGCUCCUACCCGAACUCUACAAUCAUUAUCAAAAGGCCGAAGUGAUCCCUUGGAUCUCGAGCAAACAUAACAUGGGUAUGGCGUUCAAUCGUGUCACGUGGAACAAAUUGAGAAAGUGUGCCGCUCAAUUUUGCUCGUACGAUGAUUACAAUUGGGAUUGGAGCCUUCAACAUAUCGCGCAAACCUGUCUGCCUCCUAGUAAAGGACCUGGAAUCGCGCCUCGUACGGAAUCCGGUUUGAUCACGAUGAUGAUGAGAGCGCCUAGAGUUUUUCACAUCGGAGAAUGCGGAGUCCAUCAUAAGAAGACCAAUUGUGAAUCGACCGCUGUGAUAGCAAAGGUUCAAAACAUUCUAAAAGCUGCCCAAGAACAUCUUUUUCCUACUCAAUUGACACUUACUGUAGCUGGUACUGCGAAAAAGACGAAACUUAGAAAAGGUAACGGUGGAUGGGGCGACACACGGGAUCAUCGGCUUUGUUGGAACAUCACUGUUUAUCCGGAUCUCGUUUUACCGUGAGAUCAAAUCUCUCGACCGAUUCAAUGUUUAACUUCCUUCAAUUCCUUCUUUCUCCUAUUAUCUCUCUUUUAUCUCCUCGCCUAUUUUCUCCUCCCACUUCUCCUGUUUCUUCCUUCUUCCGAUUGUUUCCAAAAUCUCGUGUGUCUCGCUCGCUCUCCCAUUUUUAUCCACGCAUCGUUCAUUGUUUUAUCUCUAAUGAAACAUGCUCGUUUGAGAGGCAAGUUCCUUCGUGUCGAGUGAGUUAUCGAUAUCGAUCCUACAAUUUGUUAUCGGAGUGUAUAAUAUCCUUAGCAGCGUACUUACUUUUUAUGUUCGUACUAAACUUAGCGAUCGAUUUUUGCGAUGAAAACGAAAAGCACGUUUUUUGCGUUUAUCUCAGCUUUUUAACCAACCAAUUGUCAAACUGUCAAAAAAUUUUCGCAUAGAGAAACACGCUUGUCACAUACUCUAGUCAUUGUAUGCAAUAUGGAUAAAUGGAUAUUAUUGUCGAUAUCUGUUUAUAAAUUUGUUGACCAAUUCAAAAAUUGGUAAAAAGAAACUACGAGACCAGCAACGUUCUCCGCUCGAAGAUGAUCCAUGAUUUAUAAAAACUUGGAACUUCAAGAGCUAACCAAAGCCAUCCACGAGUUGCGAAAUCUAUAUAGAAUACGUUUUAUAUUUGUAACAAGAAUCAACGAAAAAUAAAGGAAUCGACGGAUUUUUCUCCUAUCUAUUGUCUUAUGAAACAUUUAUUAAUAUCAUUUCACCGUUCUCAUUAUAGAUCGGUAGUCAUGUUUGUACAAGCAAUAUGUUCGUACCAUCACCUGAAUAUUAAUAAAAAGAUUAUCCUUUGUUAA